GCAUUCUGGAUUUGACCAUGCACUGGACGCCUUGGGUCGUCGCCAGCCUUCCGGUCCUUGCAGCCGCGGCGAGCAGUCGCGCUGACCUCUGCGACUCGGCGCAGUUCCAGCGGCUCCCGCUAGCGCCGCUCGGCGACGGUCCCGCCCGCUUCAAGAGCCUCGCCAGCGCCACCGACGUCUGCUUCCAAGUCGCGCUGGACGACGCCGAAGCAACAUGGCUCGGCCUCACCGUCUCGCCAACAGCCGCCAUGGUCAACGACCCGACCAACGCCGCCGUCAUCUACAACGCUCAAGCUGGCAACGUCGGCGUCUACACCCUUGGCGGCUACGAGCCUGAGCUCCUCACGCCGCAAUCAUCAAAUGUAGCGGUCCGCGUGCACUCGCACACGCGCGUGAAUGGCUCGCUUCAAGUGACGUUCCAGCGGCCACUUGUCGUCGCUGGCGACGUGCGCAUUGAUCUCGACCGUCCGACGAUCCUCAACUGGGCGUAUGGCCACGACGCCUGGCCCUCGUACCACCAGGACCGCGGCUCGGCCACUGUGCGCAUCGACACGGCCAUUGAUUCCCCGAGUUUGUGCAGUUCGCCGGCGUUUACGUUGCUGCCGCUUCUCCCGCUCGGCGAGAGCCCGAUCCAGUACAAGACCCUUGCCGACGACGCGCGCAUCUGCAUCCACGCCGAGCUGCACGACCCGCAAGCCACGUGGCUAGGCCUAGCGUUCUCCAACUCGACCAACAUGGUCAACGACCCAUUCAACAACGCUGUGGUGUUUGACGGCACGAACGCGCCUACCGCGUACGCGCUCACGGGUUUUGAUCCCGAGUUUAUGCUGCGCCUGGCUGACCAGUCGCAUCUCCGCAUCUUUGCCGCGUCGUCCAUCAACGGCGUUCUGCGGCUCACGUACGAGCGGUCGCUGGCGGCCGUCGCGUCGUCCGACGUCGCGAUCGAUGUGACCAAACCGGACACGAUUCUCAACUGGGCGUACGGGCAUGACGCCUGGCCGUCAUACCACCAGGAUCGAGGCAGCGCGCGCGUCGCUCUCUCGCGUAGCGUCGUCGGCGCAACCUCGCUCUGUGCGUCCAAGUGGUUCCAGCACGGCCGGACGUUGCAGCCGCUGGACCCGAGCGGGAUUCUGCAGAUCAAGCACCUCGUCUACGAUGGCCACGCCUGCAUCCAGCUCGUGCUCUCCGAUGUCAAGGCUACCUGGCUCGGGCUCUCGCUCGCCCCCAAAGCGCAAAUGGUCAACGAUCCGGUCAACAACGCCGUGGUCUUUGACUUCUCGAAGCCCACGCCCGCGCUGUUUGCAUUGACAGGCUACGAACCAGAAGACAUUUUGCCGCUUGCAGCGACCUCUGACGCGUCCUCGUUCGUGCUCUACUCGGCCUCUGUCGCCAACGGCACUGCGCAGUUUACGUUUCAGCGGCGGCUGGACGCGGCGACCGCGACCGACGUGGCCAUCGCCCCGAACGCCGAUGCGAUUGUCAACUGGGCAUAUGGACAUGACGCGUGGCCGUCGUACCACCAGGACCGUGGCUCGUCGCUCCUCACGUUUCAGUCGCUGCAGCUCACGUCCGCGGCCUCGCCCUCGGCCGUCUCGACCUCGACGCUCUACAUUGUGCUCGGGCUCAUCGUGUGGCUUGUCUUCGUGGGGCUUGUCGCGACGCACGUCUUUGCCUACCCGCUGCGUCGGUGGCUCAACACCACGUUUGUUGCACCACCGCGUUUCCAGCGCAGCGUCGGCUUGCUGCACACCUGGCUGUUGCAGCCGCUGAGCGAUCUCAAGGUCGGCGAGGCCAUCGUGCUUUUGCACUACGUUGGGUGUCUUGGCCUCGUGGGCGCGGCGGUCGCGGCGUCGUUUGAACCGUCGCGCGUGUGGUCGCUCGUGUCGGGCCACCUCGCGCUGGUGCAUUUGAUGCUCUUGCUGCUUCCUGUCGCCCGCGGAGUGCACUGGGAGGUGCUUGUCUUUGGCUCGUCGUUUGAGCGGGUGCUCAAGUUCCACCGCGUCCUUGGCCGCCUCUUUGUGGUCUUUGCUGCCUGGCACCUCUACCUCAACGCGCAGCGCAUCAGCGUCCUCUCGAUGACGAGCUAUGGCAGCCAAGGCGUCGUGCCUUUCUUCGGCUUCAGUGCGUUUCUCUCGUUUGCGCUGCUCGGGCUCUUUGCGGUUCCGUACGUACGCCGGAAUCAUUUUGAGCUCUUCUACUACGUUCAUCGGGUGGCGGCCGUCGGUGGUCUUGUGUUUGCGUGCCUCCACGCCCGCACCGUGUGGCUCUCGCUAAUCUUGCCGCUGACGCUGUACGUCGGCAGCUACCUCUGGCGACUUCGGUCGCACUGGAACCGGUUCCGCGUCGUCUUGAGCAGCCAUACGGAGAAGACGGUCACGAUCGUACUGCCCUCGACGCCCCAAACGAAGGCGUGGGCCCGUGACAUGCCGCUCGGCGCCUACUUUUGGGUGGCGAUCCCGGCGAUCUCGUGGCUGCAGUGGCACCCGUUCUCGGCUAUGGCCACGGUCGACGCCUCCGGCGCACCAACGAUUGGCUUUGUCAUCAAGGCGACGACCGACGGCAGCUUUGUGGACGACGUGUACACGUCGCUGCUCGGUGUGGAGACCACGGUCGUUGUCGGUGGGCCGUACGGGAACCUCUCGAUCAACCUCGACGAGUACGACACCGUGCUGCUCAUUGCUGGUGGUAUCGGUGUUACGCCGUUGCUGCACAUUCUCAACCAGCAAGAAAAGACUGCCAAGUCAACGACGACAACGACGCUGCACUGGAUCGUCCGGACGCCGUCCGAGUUUGGCGCCCCAGCCGAUUUUUUGCCAAAGAGCGCCGACAACCUCCGUCUCUACGCUGAUGAGGUGACUGAGCAUGGGCGCGUGCUGUUGUCAGACGAGCGGUCGCUCUCGUACGCCUUUGGCCGCCCGCGCAUCGACGACCUUCUCAAGCCGUACGCAGGCACCAAGACGUGCGUCCUCGUGUGCGGCCCGCCGGGCUUGGCCGCGCAUGUGCAAGCCCAAGCGUACGUCUACGGCCUCGAUCUGCACAAGGAAACCUUCCUCUUGUAAUAACAAAUGAUACACUAGUUCUCUAU